CCGUGAGGGUGCUUGUUGUUCCCGCAGAGAGGCAAGAAGAUGGCGGCUGUGUCGAGCGGCGGUGCAGUUGGACCCGCAGCGGCCGGGAAUACGCACUCUACCCGACCUGCCCCCGCAGGCAUGGGUGCCCAGAUCCGACCACAGGCGCCCUCCGGGAUCAGCCACCCCGGUCGAGCAGCCGGCUGCAUCACCAGCCCCGGUCACCUCCCGGCUAGCAGCAGGCCCCCCCCUGCCCGAGUGGGCUACUACGAAAUCGAGCGGACCAUCGGCAAGGGGAACUUCGCCGUGGUUAAACUAGCGACACAUAUCAUCACCAAGGCGAAGGUGGCCAUCAAGAUAGUGGACAAGACUCAGCUGGACGAGGAGAACCUGAAGAAGAUCUUCAGAGAGGUGCAGAUCAUGAAGAUGCUGAGACACCCUCACAUCAUUCGGCUCUACCAGGUGAUGGAAACAGAGAGGAUGAUCUACCUUGUGACGGAGUAUGCUAGUGGGGGAGAAAUCUUCGAUCACCUGGUGGCACACGGGCGGAUGGCGGAGAAGGACGCGCGGCGGAAGUUCAAGCAGAUCGUGGCGGCCGUCCACUUCUGCCACUGCCGCAACAUCGUGCACCGCGACCUGAAGGCCGAGAACCUGCUGCUGGACCACAACCUCAACAUCAAGAUCGCAGAUUUUGGCUUCAGCAACUUGUUCUCGCGGGGCCAGCUGCUGAAGACGUGGUGCGGCAGUCCCCCUUACGCGGCGCCCGAGCUCUUCGAGGGGAAGGAGUACGACGGCCCCAAGGUGGACAUCUGGAGUCUGGGUGUAGUGCUCUAUGUGUUGGUGUGUGGUGCACUGCCUUUCGACGGCAGCACCUUGCAGAACCUGAGAGCCAGGGUGCUGAGCGGGAAGUUCCGCAUCCCCUUCUUCAUGUCCACAGACUGCGAGUAUCUUAUCCGGCACAUGCUGGUCUUGGAGCCCAGUAAGCGCCUCUCCAUGGAGCAGAUCUGCAAGAACAAGUGGAUGAAGCAGGGAGACCCAGACCCAGAGUUUGAGAGGUUGAUAGCGGAGUGCGGGCAGGUGAAGUCAGAACGGGAGGCGGAGAUUAUCAAUGACCAGGUGUUAAUGGCCAUGGCGGAGAUGGGGCUGGACCGUGAGCGAACACUACAGUCUUUGCGUACAGAUGCCUACGAUCACUACAGCGCCAUCUACAGUCUGCUAUGUGACCGGCUGAAGAGACAUAAGACCCUCCGCAUUGCCCCUCCUACGCCCCGUCCCAUUGGCUACCCCAUCAACACUGUGCAGACGGAUCAGCAGGGUAAUCCUGUCAGUAUGACAGUUCCACACGUCCAGCUCAUCAACCCAGAGAACCAGAUCGUGGAGCCGGAUGGGUCAAUGGCUCUGGACAGUGAUGAGGGGGAGGAGCCUUCGCCAGAGGCAAUGGCGCGAUACCUGUCCAUGCGUCGACACACUGUGGGAGUCCCGGACCCCAGGACGGAGGGGCAGGAGGACCUCCAGAAGCUGCCCCCGGGGUUCCCGCGCCUGCCCCCCCAGCCUCCCUUCACCCCUCUGGCCCCCAGCAUGGGCCCCAUGCACACGCUGAUGCCCACCCAGAGCCUGCAGCCCACACAGCAGCUGGAGUACAAGGAGCAGUCUCUCCUGCAGCCUCCCACCCUGCAGCUGCUUAACGGCAUGGGUCCCCUGGGCCGCAGGGCGUCUGACGGCGGGGCCAACAUCCAGCUCCACGCCCAGCAGCUCCUGAAGAAGCCCCGCGGCCAGUCCCCGCUCGUCACCAGCCCGCACCCCAUCCCUGCUGUAGCUCCGGUGGAUGAGGAGGGGUCGGAUGGGGAACCAGACCAGGAGGCGGUACAGAGGUACCUGGCGAACAGCUCCAAGCGGCACACGAUGCAUGCACCCAUGAGCACGCCGCCCUCUGAGCUGCCCCAAGACACGCAGCGGCCCCAGAGCACCCGACAGCGGGCGUGGGCACAGCACAUCCCCCAGGAGCAGAACUGCCGGUACAGCUAUAAGGACUGUAACACCCUGCACUUGCCCAUGGAGAGGUUUUCCCCGGUACGGCGCUUUUCGGACGGAGCCACCACCAUUCAGGCCUUCAAGGCCCAUCUGGAGAACAACAGCAGCAUGAUACGGCAGCUGAAGCAGGAGUGUGAGCAGCUUCAGAAGAUGUACGCCACCCAGCAGGACGAGAAGCUGCUGGAGCACACACAGCAACAGCACAUCCUGUACCAGCAAGAGCAGCAGAUUCUACACCAGCAAACACAGGCACUAUCCCUGGGUCACGGGGAGAUCCAGCCCAGCCUUCUCACUCACCAGCUACAGAGGUUGCAUAUCCAGCCCUCCAGCCCGCCCCCUUCACACCCAACCAAUCACCUGUUCAGACAGGCCAACCAGAGCCCGCCUCCUGGCAGUACAGGUGUGAUGCAGGGACACGGUGGAGCAUCCUCAGUGCAGUACCAACAUAAUGCAGCAUUGUACCAGAACCCCAGUGGCAGCCCUCCCCCCACUGGCCUCCCCCGUGUUGGGCUCUCCCAGCAGCAACAGCAACCUGGUCUCCCCCGCAAUGUUGGUAUGGCCCAGGCCAUGCCCCAGCACCAAGUGACCAUUCAGGUGCAGGAGGCGGAGCUUGGGGGUGGGGCCCAGAGGCAGGGAUUCCUGUCUACGCCAUGCGGACACAGGGUACUUGGGAAACAGCUAAGCGCUGACAGUGCUGAGACUCACAGUCGGAGCUUGAGCCGGUUUCACUGCUCCACGGCCUACGACACCACGCAGUUCAACCCUCACCUCUUCGUGGAGGGUGGGCGGGGGCCCUCGGGGGGCGGGGUAGUGGGCGGAUACAACCCCUACCUGCAGGGCACCUCCCUCAACGUCCCCGUUUUGGAACACUUCCAGGCAGGGGGUAACUCGGCCAGCGGGGGUUAUGGGAGUCCCUCAGCGCUGCAGCAAGCCCUGCUGUCACCCACCCCGCCCGAAUACCGACCCGCCCAGCACGUCACCCCCACCCUGCAGGGGCUCCUCUCACCCCGCCACUCCCUCACCGGUCAUGCUGACCCCCGGCUGCCCCCCCAGGACCUGGCUGCCCUGUUGAAGAGGCAGAGCCCACGUCCUGGUCCCCCUCCGCCCGGCCCACCUGGGCCGCCCCAGGACUACAACGAACUUCUGCUGCGGCAUCUCAGCCAGGGUGAGGCCCCGGAGCCCCCGGUCCCGCCCCAGCCCACAGCCCCUCACUACCACCACCUCCUCCAGAUCCGGCCGCCGGAGUGCACACCCCUGCCGCACUCCGAGAGCAUGGAGGAGGAUGAGCCGCCCAGCUUCUAUGAGGGCCUCCUGGCCAAGGCAGGGCCCUGCGGGGAUCCCCCCCGGGGCGCCACCCCCCCUUACAGCACGCCCCCGCACAGACACCCCUACGUACGCAGUGCCACCGCCAGAGACUCACCUGGGAAGGACCAUGUAGACCGCAGGACCCCAGGGCAGUCGAUGGAGGUGCCUGAUCAUAAUGGCGUGAGCUAUGGGUCCCGGACACCCCAAGGAGACGGGCAGCGGGCUCGGGGGUCCCUGCAGCGCCACCACACCAUUCAGACCUGCGACGAUGCCUAUGAUCAGGCGGAGCCCAUGGCAGGAAUGAGCCUAUUGGCCGGGAAGGCACUAAGCUCCGCCCGCAUGUCUGAUAUCCUCAGCCAAUCGUCUCUCACAGGAAGCCAGCAUCUGCACAAUAGGGAGGAGUCGGCAACGGCUGAACUCAUGAUGCUGGAGUGUGACGUGGAAGGGGACCUCCAUGCGGCUCCCUGCUACCCCUCCUCCUGCACCAGCGACAUGCUGCACAGCUACAAACCGCCAGACCUGCAGUACAGCAUGGAGCAGGCUGGAGUCUAACGCAGGGUAUCCCUAGUGUAAAAAGGUCCAUUUCAACCGCCUGUUGUGAGCAGUAUCAUGCCAAACCGCCUUUUUCUGUCCGUGGGGGGCACUGUGUCAGUCCUGGAUUCUGUCUGGACGCCAGCGAGAGAGAGAGCGCGGGGAAGCGCACCCUUGGCAUUCUGCGCAUCGGCCCAGCGAGCGUUACUGUUGGCUCUCCUCGUCCGCUCCCGUGUCUGAUUGGAUAGACCGGAUUCUGCUCCCGCCUCCCUAUUCUCUCCGCCCCUCUGUGUUGUGGCUCUGCCCACCCGCACCCUCUUUUGAGUGGAGGCUCAAGCUGCAGGGCAGUGCCACCCUAUCCUUGGCAUUGCCAUGGCAACAUGCUCGUGUGCCAGCACUCACAAGGGCACAGACAUGCACACAAACAUACACACAUACACACACUGAUACAGAUAGAGUAUUCACUCCAAACCUGUGUGGGGAUGGGUGAACGCGCGGUGUUUACCACUCCUUGUCCCACCCUCCGCCGUAUCCCAAUGGACCAUUCCGGAGUGAGCUGUAUGCUCACAGCCCAUGCAGGCCAGGAGCGGCCUGUUCCACUGGGCUGAUAAAGAGGGGCUGGGAAGAGCUCAUGAUGUGGGGAGGGGCUCUCCCUGUCACCCUGUAAGACUAAUGGAAAAGGCAGCACAGCGACACAGACAUCGCGCAGGACAACCAGCUCUCUUUCCUUCAUUUGUUUUCAUCGUGUUUUUAUUUUAAUUUCAUUAAUAUUUGAUUUUUUUAAAUCCAUUUUUACUGCUAAUGUUAAUGUAGGAAUUACGCUCAUCAUUGUUACUGUUAUCGUUAUUACUGUUUUCGUACAAAAAAUGUUUUGUCAUUAUGGUUAUAAUUAUUAUUAUUAUUAUUAUUAUUAUUAUUAUUAUUAUUAUUAUCAAAGGAAAAAAAAACACUUCUGUGUCACAAUGAAGACCGCAAGUUUGUAUACUAAUGACUUACGAAAAGCUGCAUCUAAUAUUCCUCCAUUCCUCCCCAUCUGUCAUUUUUCUGUCUCUUUCCUCUCUCCUGUUUCUCUGUCACUCUCUUGCUGGUCUCGGAAGCUCCUCUGCACCUUCACACCUCUCUCUCUCUCUCGCUCUACUCUCUCUCUCUCUCUCUCUCUCUCUCUCUCUCUCUCACUCUCUCCACCCCUCUGCCGUUCCACUGCUCCCUCUGUAGUGCCAGUGACGAUGAGUGCUGUUGUGGCUCGAUCACGUCCCUUCCUCUCCUGACCCCACACAGCGGUGACAAACGGCAGCCACAGCGGCAUUCUCUGUUCGUAUAUAUAUAAAAAAAAAGAUUCUUUUGUCUGUGUGCGUGUGUGUGUGUAUAUGGGCGUGUGUGCG